CUAAUGGGUUCUGUGAUUCUGUGAAAACAGCCGUGAAAAGUCCGCGGCUGCCGGUGCCUCUGCCUCCCCAGCCUCGGGCAGUUUGCUCCGAGCCCCGGGGCUGCGGGAGCGCCCGGCGGGCGGCUCGGGGCGCUGUGCGGCUGCGGCCCGGCCCGGGACGCCUCUGUCCCGGCCGCCUUCCCGUCCCGGCCGCCGCCAUGGCGCUGUGCGGGGCUUUCCACAGCUUCCUCUUCGAGUACGACACCCCGCGCAUCGUGCUGAUCCGGAGCCGCAAAGUGGGGCUCAUCAACCGCGCGGUGCAGCUCGGCAUCCUCGCCUAUGUGAUCGGGUGGGUUUUUCUGUGGGAAAAGGGUUACCAGGAAACAGACUCUGUGGUCAGUUCUGUAACCAUGAAGGUCAAGGGUGUAACACUGACAAACACAUCCACCUUGGGGGCCAGGAUCUGGGAUGUAGCUGAUUAUGUCAUCCCUCCUCAGGGUGAGAAUACUGUGUUUGUCAUGACCAAUGUGAUCCUCACACUGAACCAGAGCCAAGGCCGCUGCCCAGAGCUCCCAGAUGAUCAAACAAAGUGCGAGGUGAAGAACAUCUGUGUUCCAGGAUAUGUCAGCACCCACAGCAGUGGCAUCCAGACUGGGGAGUGUGUUCCAUACAACAACAGCAUUAAGACCUGUGAAGUCUUUGCAUGGUGUCCCGUGGAGGAUGACUAUCACAUACCCAAGCCAGCAUUCCUGCGAGAAGCUGAGAACUUCACCCUUCUGGUGAAGAACAACAUUUGGUACCGCAAGUUCAACUUCAGCAAGCGAAACAUCCUCCCCACUAUCAACUCCACCUACCUCAAGAACUGCAUCUAUGAUGCCCAGACUGAUCCCUUCUGCCCUAUCUUUCGUUUAGGGAAAAUAGUUGAAGCUGCAGGGCAGGACUUCCAGGAAAUGGCUGUGGAGGGUGGAGUCAUGGCACUGCAGAUCAACUGGGACUGCAACCUGGACAGAGCCGCUUCCCACUGUGUGCCAAAAUAUUCCUUCCGGCGCCUUGACAACAAGGACUCUGCCCACACCGUCUCACCUGGCUACAACUUCAGGUUUGCAAAAUACUACAAGAAUAGUGAUGGCACUGAAUCACGGACGCUUGUCAAAGCUUAUGGCAUCCGCUUUGAUAUCAUAGUGUUUGGAAAGGCAGGAAAAUUUGAUGUAAUUCCUACCAUGAUUAACAUCGGCUCUGGCUUAGCGCUGUUUGGUGUGGCAACAGUGCUGUGUGACAUUGUUGUUCUGUAUUGCAUGAAGAAGAGAUACUUCUAUCGGGAGAAGAAGUACAAAUAUGUGGAGGAUUAUGAACUGGGAGUUGGUGAGACAUACGGAACAGACUCCUGAGCUCCUGGUGCUGCAGGACCAAUUGCUGCUCUAAACUGCUGCUGGGAACAUUUCUUGACCCUGCCAUGAGACCACCCCCUCCUUGCUGGAAGGAAGUGGGGAACCAAACUGAGAAAGGGACAAUCUUAACUACUCUUUACUACUUGGGAGUCAGUCCCAGGGAGAAGAACUGGGUCUGCUCUUUGUCUGCUGUCUUUCCAGGUUAUUUGCACUAAACACAGAGGGAAAAUUGUACUUUAUGCCAGACCUCUACACUGGCUGAGCCUGGGACAGAGACAGCUCUGACAUCAUCAUUUUGCCAGUCCUUCUGUCCCUGAGCUCACUGACACCAGAGGGCACAGGACAAUAGGCUCAGUUUUUCCUUAGAUUGACCAUGGCCACUGCCAGGAGGUGCCUAACCUUGGGACAGCAGCUCCUUGCUGUUGUCACUUUUCUUUCCCUGAAGGAUUGUGAACAUUAGCUGAGCUGGUACCUACUAUUUCAUUGGGGUCUUCAAGCUCCAGUGGCCACAGGCCAAGAUAAAGCAGAGUCUGGCUCCAUUGUGCUGUGAUGAAUGGCUUACUGGUUACAGAACUUUUCUUCUAUUUAGUCUAAUUUUUAUGCUAUUACUUUAAAAUUUACUUUAAUAAAAUACUACCUUCCUUCAACCCUC